AUGGGGCAGUCGAUCGAAGCCAUGCGCCGGGACAUCAGCACCCUGCGGACCGGGCGCGCCACGCCCUCGCUCAUCGAAGACCUCACGGUCGAUUAUUACGGCACACCUACCCCUCUCAAACAGAUUGCAGCCAUCUCAGCGCCCGACGCCCGCGCCAUCAUGGUGCAGCCCUGGGACAAGCAAUCCCUGCGGGACAUCGAACGCGGCCUGUCGCAGUCCGACCUCGGGUUCAAUCCGUCCAACGAUGGCAACGUCAUUACCGUGCCCAUUCCCCCGCUGACGCAGGAACGCCGGCAGGAGAUGGUCAAAUUGCUCAAGCGCAAGGCCGAAGACGGCAAGGUAUCCAUCCGCAACGUGCGUCGCGACGGGCGUGGAUUCCCUGCGCAAGAUGGAGCGGGACAAGAGCAUUUCCCAAGAUGA